AUGGCUCACCAAGAUGUAGAGACUCCAGUUGGGGAUGCCAAGUUCCUAGCAGAGACCAAUGCUACUUCUCAUGAUCCAGAACGCCAGGUGGCAGGCCUGGGUGAUCAAGAAGACUACCCUGUCGAACGGGUCGAAGCCGUAUACAGGAAACUUGAUCUUCGCAUCAUCCCAGCUUUCUGGGUGCUGUACUUCUUAUGUUCCGCCAUCCGUUCAAACAUUGGCCUAGCGCAAACUAUGAACAAAUCCGCCGGCCAUGACUUGAUGAGUGUGCUACAUCUGACUGCCAAGGAUACUUCGACGGCUUUGACGUUGUUCUAUGUGGCCUACGUUCUGUUCGACUGUCCCUCAAACUUGGUCAUGAGCAGGCUCAGCCCCCGGGUCUGGAUGGCUCGCAUCGUCUUUGCUGUCGGUGUCAUUGGUACCUGCUUUACCGCCGUCAAGGCAGCAUGGAGUGUCAAACUACUACGGUUUCUCCUCGGAGUGGUGAUCGCUGCAACUCCUGAAGCCCUCAAGGGAGAGGAUGCCAUCGUUCACUACCACGAUUUGAAGAGAGUGUAUCACCCUCGCCCCUGGACACUCAAGGACCUUGGCUAUGUCCUGAUUGACUGGCGGCUAUGGCCCCUAACAUUGAUGUACUUUGGCGUUGUUGGUGUCGGAAUCGGUACCCAACUCUAUGGCAAUGUCAUCAUUGCUUCCAUCAAUUCAAGCUUCACUGGGAUUCAGAUCAGUCUGCUUUUCGCUCCUAUCUGGCUAAUGGAUUUCGCUGCCAUCCUUCUCGUCACGCCAAUUUCUGAUCGAUUCCAUCACUAUCGCCCUUUCUUCUUCUCCGCAGCGGUCUGCAUCCAAAUUGCAGGGUUACUGACAGUCACCUUUGCAUUGUCGAACCCGUGGGCCAGAUACGGUGGACUUCUCAUGAUCGGCUUCGGACUGGGCCCUACGGUCCCCAUCUGCAUGACGUGGACAAACGAGAUCUUCCAAAGACGCCAUGGUGAAGUCGGCGUUGCUGCUGCGUCUGCCCUUGUUUCCGGGCUCGGCAACCUCGGCAGUGUGACAACGACGUACGCUCUUUACACAGGCUGGCCAGAGGACUCUGCACCGGGGCCACACAAAUACCGGAAGAGCAACCUAGUCAUGAUCGGAAUACUUUGCAUCAGCAUUCUAAGCAGCUUCGUCAUGACUGUUUUGCUCAAAUUUUUCGGAAAUAAGCCAAGUCACAAGAUCAUUAGUAGCGGAAGUUCUGCCGUCGACUCUGUUGAUGAUUUCCAGGACGGCGCAGCUCGUCGUGAGCUCCAGCAACGCGGCUUUGGCCGAAUGUGGUGGAACAGGAAGUAG